UGCAUGUAUGGGCAUCUGUGACAUUUUAGAGAAGAGGAAGCUAUUCUUUCGAUUUAAACAGCUCUUUGGAAAAAAAAAUAUAUAUAGGCUAUAACCUAACCUUAGCCUACCUCUCACAACUUCCCACUACCUUUUUACAAUUGUAUGAUUACCUGCUACUGUAGAGCAGGUCUUCAAGUCAUAACUUCUACUGAAGAUGCAUAAGAGAUAUCACUAUGCUGAUUUGGGUUGGGCAGUGUAUGUGAUGGCCAGUUUAGCCCUAUCCGAUAGUCUACUAAUAAUCCAAGCAGAAUGCAAUGAAGAUGUCUCUAUGAAGUGUGAAGCUGUCCAGGAUAAGAGCUAUCGAUCUGUUACAUGGUAUAAGCUGAACAACCAGACUGGUAUUAUCAGAAGAAGUAACGGUGAGAAGCCAUAUCCCUUUAGAUUUCCCCGACCUGCUAGGUUUGGACCAAUGGACAGUCUAGUUCUUCCCAGAGUCAGGCCUGAGGAUGCAGGGACAUACCAGUGUCUCCUCAGGGCCAACAUAGGACAGACUAACAGAGAUUCAAAGGUCACCCUCAAUGUAUCUACAGAUUGUGUGAUCCAUACUACAGUGGCAGUGACAGCAUGGCAGAACGUGACUCACACUACCCCAAUGUGUCCCAUACAAUUGGUUGAGGUCUCUGUCAUAUGGACUUCAUGUGGAUUCUUGAUUCUGGGCCUUGUCAAAAUCGCUCUGUGUCUCAUCUCUAUGGGGGUUGUUCGAAACAUCAAGAGGAGUCAUAGCAGGAGAAAAAAAAACAACAGUGGUAAAGAAAAUCUUGGUCACAAAGACACGUUCUGAGCGCAGCGGUCUCAAGAAUUGCUGGAUGUUAGGUCUCUGGAAACAUUUGUUAAGCUGCGUUAACACAUGCAGACCAAUUCUGAUUUUUUCCCCCGAUCACAUCAGAUCUUUUCACAUCAGAUAUUUUUCAGCACUGAUUGAAUUGGUCAAGAAUAUCAGAAUUGGGCUACCUGUGUAAACACAGCCCUAGAGAGUUCACUAUGUCACCUGGAUAAAAGUUUACAUUUGUGACAGAUGUAAUCACUUAAAGUAAAACCAAACAAUGUAAUGAAAGGUGUAAAUAUCUGCUUCAAAUAUAUUUCUGCUUUGUUUUGCUAAAAUCUUGCAGUUAUACCCUGAGCAGCUUUCCAGCAAAUGCAGUUCUGUAUACUUAUUGUAGACCCUACUUAUCACAGACUACCGUAUCGAUUUUAUUCUGCCAAUACCGGAGUUGAUGAGUGAAGAUGCAUUGUUUUGAUUUUCCUUCCAACCACUUUGUGAAAACUUUGAUGCUGAUGAGGUAUGAUUCAUGUCCAGAAUAGCCAGUAGCCCCUGCUGAUUGUGCCUUAUUGAGUAAACUCAACGCUGUUCAAACAGCAGGAUGUUGUGAGGACAACUUAGGGCAGGGGUUCUCAAACUUUUUUGGCCCACAACCUAAUUUUGAUAUCUGAAAAUUCUUGCAACCCCAAUCAUGUGAAAAAAUAUGUAAAAUUAUGUAAUUAACAGCCAAUGUUUACUUUUUUACUUGGGGCUCUGGCAGUCAAUUGAAUAACAUUCUAACAGUAUUUCUGAUUGUCUUCUCAACUCACCAUCACAUACUUUUAAUGUGGGGCUAAUGACAGUCAAUUGCAAGUUAGUCUGACAUAAUGUAUCUUAUCUCACCACCACUAAUGAGAUGGAUGUGUUUGAUGCAUGUCGAGUCGGAGCUUCUCAAAGUCAGGGGACGUGGUCAACAGCGCACAUCGCAUCUCUGCUGUCACAUCCAACCUGGAUCAAUAUUUGGUUUUAAUGCAGACGAGAGCACUGAAACCAGCUUCACACACAUAUUAGGUGGCAAAGAGUAGCCUACCAUGAGUUUUAUGGUGCUUUCAAGACAACUGGGAACUCAGAAAAGUACGAGGUCAAAUCAUGACGUCAGUGAUUGUUAGGUCGGAAAGUUGGAGCUCUAGAAAAUUGGAAUUCCCUGUUGGAGCACUUUCCAAGUUCCUAGUUGUCUUCAACGCACUGAAGUCGGACAUUUCCGAGUUCCCAGUUCCUAGUUCCCAGUUGUUUUGAACUCAACCAUUAAUGCUCAGAGGGAGACGGCAGGGGAAUUCCCUUUGAGUCAGGAACCAAAACUCCUCUGUAGUGAACUUGAAUGCAUUGUCUUCAGCAUUUGGUCACAUGACAGUUCAUCAGCGGUUCAAUUUCACUUACCAGCAUGUCAACUGAGCCAGGGUCACAGUCAAACGAAUUGGGAAGUACAGUAGGUCCCAAAGUGCUCUUCGAAGUGUUGGAGGUAAGCAGUCAUCACUCGUAUGGGACACUUACUGAUGCUGUUUUCUGUUCUUUUCUUUUAAUUACACAGAAAGUCAACCAAGUCUGUAUUCUUUAGAUCCGUUGUGAAUGACAGUACCUCUCUUAAUAUGAAAAAAUCUUUCCAAAAUUCCCCCUCAAUAACCACCAAGCCUCGGUGUGAAAUAGAACAUUGUCAUGCUCUGAUCCAAUAUCUUCAUGUAGUUUUGCGAACAGGUGUACAAGUACAAGGAUCUGGUUUGAUGUAGUUUACAAUCAAAGUUACCUGCUGCAGUAAAUUCUGUGCUCAGCUCUUUUGCCGCCAGUUGCUCUCGGUAUAUCAUACAAUGGUCCAUAUGGCAGAGGGAGAUCCAUUCAUAACUAGAGUGCAGAGGCCUGCAUGCCGUCCUGCCGUAGAUGGAGCCCCAUCUUUGCAAAAGCCCACCAUUCAAUCCUAUAUGGAAUCUGUUUUCAUCAAUACAGCCAUGCAGCACACUGAACAUCCUCUAUGCCGUUUCAUGCUCUGGAAUCGUGAGAAAUAACAAUAUGUCCUCGUGAAUAGCAUCCCCCGAAAUGUAUAGCGAACAAAAGUCAAUGCGUGGGCAACUCGGCCCUCACAGUUCAGUCAGAGUUUCCUCUUGAUUGCUAGCAAUAGCAUAACUUCUUAAUUUAACAGUGUUAUCUUUGACAACGGUAUUGAUGUAUGUUUCUGUGCCUCUGCCUCCCCACACAUUGUUUUCACCAUAUCCAUUGCAGCCGGUAAUAUCAAAGUCUCUGCUAUAGUGUGUGGUUUCACAGCAUAGUGGGCCUAGCCAUUCACCGUUGGAAUUAUUCAAGUGUGGCCUUUCCCAUGGUCUAAGUGCACUCCCUGGCUCAAUUUCAUCGUUAGAAUUGAAUGAUUUUCAUUUAGGUUUUUAAGGUUAAGCACAUUUCAAUGAUUUUGAGAUACAAAGAAGAUAUUAUAAUAUACACAAUAUACACAAAAGUAUGUGGACACCCCUUCAAACGAGUGGAUUUGGUUAUUUCAGCCACCCCCGUUGCUGACAAGUGUAUAAAAUCGAGCACACAGCCAUGCAAUUUCAUAGACAAACAUUGGCAAUAGAAUGGCCUUACUGAAGAGCUCAGUGACAUACAACGUGCCAACAUUAUAGGAUUUCACCUCUCCAACAAGUCAGUUCGUCUAAUUUCUGCCCUGCUAGAGCUGCCCCGGCCAACUGUAAGUGCUGUUACUGUGAAGUGGAAAGGUCUUGGAGCUACAAAAGCUCACCCAUGAAGUGGUAGGACACACAAGCUCACAGAACGGGACCGCCGAGUGCUGAAGCGCGUACUGCGUAAAAAUCGUCUGUCCUUGGUUCUAAUACUAACUGCCUCUGGAAGCAAUGUCAGCGCAAGAACUGUUAUUCGGGAGCUUCAAGAACUGGGUUUCCAUGGCCGAGCAACCGCACACAAGCCUAAGAUCACCAUGCGCAAUGCAAAGCGUUGGCUGGAGUGGUGUAGAGCUCUCAUUUUUUUUUUUACCUUUAUUUAACUAGGCAAGUCAGUUAAGAACAAAUUCUUAUUUUCAAUGACGGCCUAGGAACAGUGGGUUAACUGCCUGUUCAGGGGCAGAACGACAGAUUUGUACCUAGUCCAACGCUCUAACCACUAGGCUACGCUGCCGCCCCGACUCUGGAGCAGUGGAUAAUGCAUUAUCUGGAGUUAUGAAUCAGCUUCACCAUCUGCCAGUCUUACAGACGAAUCUGGGUUUGGCGGAUGCCAGGAGAACGCUACCUGCCCGAAUGCAUAGUGCCAACUGUAAAGUUUUGUGGAGGAGGAAUAAUAGUCUGGGGCUGUUUUCAUUGUUCUGGCUAGGCCCCUUAGUUCCAGUGAAGGGAAAUCUUAACGCUACAGCAUACAAUGACAUUCUAGAUGAUUCUGUGCUUCCAAAUUUAUGGCAACAGUUUGGGGAAUGCCCAUUCCUGUUUCAGCAUGACAAUGCCCCUGUGCACAAAGUGAGGUCUAUACAGAAAUGGUUUGUUGAGAUCAGUGUGGAAGAACUUGACUGGCCUGCACAAAGCCAUGACCUCAACCCCAUUGAACACAUUUGGAAUGAAUUGGGACGCCGACUGCGUGGCAGGCCUAACCGCCCAACAUCAGUGCCCAACCUCACUAAUGCUCUUGUGGCUGAAUGGAAGCAAGUUGCCACAGCAAUGUUCUGGUGGAAAGCCUUCCCAGAAGAGUGGAGGCUUUUAUAGCAGUAAAGGGGGGACAAACUCAAUAUUAAUACCCAUGAAUUUGAAAUUAGAUGUUUGACUAGCAGGUGUCCACAUACUUUUGGUCAUGUAGUGUAUAUAUUUUUGUGUGUGUGUGGGGGAGGGGGUGUGUAUACAUUUUUCUUUGGAUUUUUUCAAUUCUCCUGCGACCUCAUUUUUAUAUCAGGUUUGAGAACUGCGACCCCUUUUCUCCAGCGACCUCAUUUUUAUACCCUUAGUUUGAGAACUGCUGACUGAUACCCUAACUACACCACUCACGUCGCGUGGGCGAGCGUUGCAAAAUAAAUGUAGGAAUCUAUGUUAUUCAAUUAUUGCACACACACUGCUCGUGCGCGUCAACGAGCGUCUGCGUAGAAAAAUAGAAGUCAUUUCUAUUUCUGACGCAGAUCACGCUGCAAGUCCUGCCUCUCCCAUCUCCUCAUUGGUUUAUAGGAGCAGGUACCCACGUGCAAUCUCUUCAUUGGUUAUACCCACGUGGGUGAUUGAAAGAUGAACUUUGUUGCCGGUCGUCGUGGUAAAUACUAUGAAAGUUUAGAUGCCAAUCACCAUAUAAGUUCAAAGAUGAAAAAGCCUGGAAGGAGGAGAGAUAACUAGAAACAAUUCGGUUGACCAUUUUGUGUGGAUUAAUUGUCGGUGUAGAGGACCUUGUGCAUUUCAGGUAAAAUAACAACUCAUUGUUUAUAUUCCAGGACAAAUUAGCUAGCAACAGCAAGCUAGCUAAAUAGGACAAAUUAGCUAGCAAGUGCAAGCUAGCUAGCUAAAUUGCCAUAUGUGUUUAAUGCUUUUCGACCUGUCCCCAAAUUAAUGUAAUUGGUUCAGAGUUUGUUUUGAUAUUUUAAACUAUGUGUCGUGAUCGCGUUUAGUGUGGGGGGACAAAAUACAUUUAAGCACGAUGGCGCACGAUGGUGCACGCGCGCAGCUGGUUUGGGUUCUGUGUUAGGGUCAGGCUGUGGGGAUUUCUAUUGUUAUUGUACUUUCAUGUUAUUAACUAUGUAGGCCAGAAUAUUAAAAUGUUAGAAGGCUAAGGUGUUUUCUGUAUUCAAUUGUAUUGUGCCUUGUUUUUUUGUUUUUUUGUUCUAAUUCUAAUUUUAGUAUCUAGGCUUAUUCAGGUAGUGAAGGGAUUUUACCAGUUUGCACUUUUGUUCGCACAAGAAACACCUACAAAUUUGUUCAAUGUAUUACCCUCCCCAUUAACAUCAAAUCUACUCAAUUGGUCACAUGCACACGAUACAGUGAAAUGCUUGCUUGCUAACUCAACUCAACAAUGCAGUACAAUAACAAUGUUAAUCAAGAAUCAAUAACAAUGUUAAUCAAGAAUCAAAUGCCAAAUACAAAAGUUCCAAAAUAACAAGUAGUAAUAAAAAGUAGAAUAAAAAAAUCUAGAUCGUAACUGAGUGAACAGUCUGUGGCUCGGGUGACCGGAGUCUGUGAUGAUCAUCCAGGCCUUCCUCAGACACCGGCAGAGGUUGUUAUGCUGGCACCACUCUGCCAGGGCCAACCUCCUCCCUGAAGGCUGUCUUGUCGCUGUCGGGGAUCAGGCCUACCAGUGUCGUGUCGUCAGCAAACGUAAUUAUGGUGUUGGAGUUGUGCGUGACCACACAGUCAUGGGUGAACAGAGAAUAAAGGAGGGUACUGAGCACACACCCCUGGGGGACCCCCGCGUUGAGAGUCAGUGUGGCAGAGGUGUGGUCGCCUACCCUGUCAGGAAGUCCAGGAUUCAGUUGCAGAGGGAGGUGUUCACACCCAGUGAUUGAGAUGACUCAGAAAAGCUACAUUUUUAAUAUAUAGCACUGUUAAUAUAACCUAUGUUAGUGAAUUUAUGUAACACCUGCGUUGGAGGAAAAUUCUUAGCAACAACAGAGUGAUCAGCUUGCAUUUAAACCUCUGUCGUAUCUCUGUCUGUCUGUUUGUCUGUGCUAUGUUUCCCUGUUUAAAAACACCCCAUCAAGAAUGUAUGUGUAACCAACAACUAAGAAAAUGGUUCUUUGUUUCGUCAUUGAUAAUCCUCCUACUGCCCAUAAAAGGCUGUUGCUGUUUCAGUUCCUGUCCCUGCUUUCUUACCUAAAGGCAAAAUUAAAGAGCUAUAAAUCACCCUC